AUGGAGCAGUUCGCUGAGGACUCCAAGCCCGAGGAGACCAUGGAGACGCCUGCUCCUGCUCCUCCUACCACGGAGGAUGCUGCUCGUGCUGCCCAGGAGGCUGGAUGGACCAAGCCCAUUCCCUUCAACUAUGAUAUCGACACCAAAGAAGUCAGAGAGUGGGCUGCCGUCGCGCCCAAGUACGAAUGGAAGGACGAGUUCGGCGAGGUUGGACCUCCCGUGCCCGAGCUGGAGGACCAGCUGUUCCGCAACGACUUCAUCACUCGCGUGGGAUACAAGCUGGACGCCCUGAACGCCAUCGACGUGACUUGCGAGAGCAAGGAUGCCAUCAAGCCCAUCCUGGACUGGAAGGACGCCGGGCUGCAUCCCGUCAUGCUCGAGAACAUCCAGCUGUGCAUGUACGCGCGCCCCACGCCUAUCCAGUCGUACGGAGUCCCUGCGAUCCUCCGUGGUCAUGAUCUCAUUGGAAUUGCUCAGACUGGCUGUGGCAAGACGGACACUUUCCUCAUUCCCAUCCUGUCGAAGCUGAUGGGCAAGGCGAAGAAGCUGGCAGCUCCUCGUCCCUACGCGGAGAGCUUCGAUGCUGCCACACACACUGUUCGGGCUGAGCCCCUGGUGCUGGUUGUGUGCCCUACUCGCGAGCUGGCAACCCAGAUCUUUGACGAAGCGCGCCGGCUGUGCUACCGCUCGAUGUUACGUCCCUGCGUCGCCUACGGUGGUGCCCCCAUUCGCCUCCAGCGCGAGGAUCUUCAAAAGGGCUGCGACAUUCUGAUUGGUACCCCUGGCCGUAUUCUUGACUUCAUGAACCAGCCGCACGUUCUCUCGCUGCGGCGUGUUCGCUACACUGUGGUUGAUGAGGCGGAUGAGCUGCUGGAUUCUAGCUGGGAGCAGGAAUUCGUUCGGCUCAUGUCUGGCGGAGAUGUCAAUGAGGACGCCGACCACCACUACCUGAUGUUCUCGGCUACUUUCAAUAAGGCAUGCCGUAAGCUUGCACGCACGUACUUGGGCGAAGAACACGUCCGCAUCCGCAUUGGCCGUCCUGGCAGCACUCAUAUCAAUGUGGCCCAGCAGAUUCUCUUUGUUGAGGACCGCUCCAAGAAGCAGGCUCUGUACGAUCUGAUCAUGAGCAUGCUGCCUAUCCGUACCCUGAUUUUCGUCAAUACCAAGGACCAGGUCGACUUUGUGGAUGAUUUCCUCUACAAUAUGGGUCUGCCCAGCACUUCUAUCCACAGUGGCCGUACCCAGAUUGAACGCGAGGAUGCCAUCCGUGCCUUCCGCACUGCGAAGGCUCCUGUCAUGGCCACGACCAGUCUCUCCGCUCGCGGCCUGGAUAUUGCCAACGUGAUGCAUGUCAUCAACUACGAUCUUCCCCGUGGUGACGACGCUAUCGGCCAGUACGUCCACCGCAUCGGACGCACUGCUCGUAUCGGAAACGAGGGCCUUGCAACCUCUUUCUACAACGAUGGCGACUCGGACAUGGGCAAUGAUUUGGUCAAGAUUCUCAUGGAGACUGGCCAGAAAAUCCCCGACUUUUUGCAGCACUUUACUCCCUCUGACAAUAUCCUGGUGUUUGAUGAUGAUAGCAACGACUCGCAGGAUGGCGAUGCUGACGAGGGAAAUGGCACUCAGGGAGGUGGGUGGGGUGCCUCUGAGGAGCCUCAGAAUGGUUUCAAGGAGCCCCUUGUUGAUGUUGCAUCCAAUUCUCUGGGUGGCUCGACAUGGGCGACCCAGGCUCAGCAGGAGCCCACCAACAACUGGUGA